UUGGCCGAAGUUCCAGAUAUUGUGGCUGCCGAAUAUUUAGCUUUGGAUAAUGAAAUAUGUUUGGCCACCCGAGGUGGCGAAGUGUUGCUCGUGAAUCCGGAAACGCUGCAAAUGAACGAGGGCACUUUUUGUGAUGUUGGUAUCGAAUGUAUGGCAUGGAGUCCCGAUCAAGAAGUUGUUGUUUUUGUUACCAAAGAACAUAAUGUUGUUGUUAUGACCUGCACCUAUGAUCCGUUGACAGAGCAUCCAUUGUGUGAUGAUCAGGCGGAGGCAGAGGGUGGUUUUGUCAAUGUGGGUUGGGGUAAAAAGGAGACACAAUUUCAUGGUUCCGAAGGUAAGGAGGCGGCGAAGAGGAAACAGGAGGUCGAGACGCCCGUCAAUUUGGAGGAAAUUAAUAAGGACAUCAUCAUUAGCUGGCGUGCCGAUGGUGCCUAUUUUGUCGUCUCCUAUGUCAGUCCCUCAAAGGGCCGCACUUUCAAAGUAUUCGACAAAGAGGGCAAGCUGCAAUUUAUUGGUGAAAAACAAGCCAAUCUCUAUAGUCCCACAGCCUGGAGGCCCUCCGGUAAUUGGAUUGCCAUACCUCAAAAAUUGCCCAAUAAAAGUACCAUUGCCCUGUUUGAAAAGAAUGGUUUGCGUCACAGAGAAAUCCCCUUACCCUUUGAUUUGCAGCAAACACCCAUUGAAGAUUUAAAAUGGAGUUCCGAUUCAGAGAUUCUCAGUAUACGAACAAAAUCGAAAAUCUAUUUAUAUACCAUUGGUAAUUAUCAUUGGUAUUUGAAACAGGUGUUGGAUUUUAAUGAAAUCCAUAUGGAAGGAGAAGAAGACGAUGAAGUCACAUAUUACACCUGGGACAGUCGAAUUGGCGAAGAGAAAACUGUACACAUUAUUUUCAAAAGUGGCAGAUAUUUAAUCUACAAAUGGUAUUGGGCCAUUGAUCGUUUGAAUCGCAGCGGUUUGGUGGCUGUAAUCGAUGGUAAUCAAUUGCUAUUAAGCGAUUUUUCGAAAGCUGUUAUACCACCACCCAUGUGUACCAAGACCUUGCAAUUAGAAUCCACAGCAGGAGAUUCCUACAUAACAACUGUAACCCUAACCCAGGCUCAAGAUGAGGUACAUUUGUGUAUCUUGGAUUCCAAGCAUAAAUUACAUUAUUACAAAUCACACAUGUCAAAUGUGACCGCCUUCACCAGCCAAGGCUGCUUGGAGUUGCAAGGAUCCGAUAUCACACUUCCUCUGCAAUAUGGCAACUUGCAAUGGUUUGAAAGUUUUGAAGAUACCUAUUUGGUGGCCAGCUUCUCGCAAAACAAAACAAGUCAAAUACACUUCCUUGCUGUCGAUCUUCCAGACAGUUAUAAAAUUACAGUUGCUGUGAAAAUACCUGGAAUAAUUUCCUGUCUAAUACCCUCGGGAAAAGAACAACCCUGCGAGCUAUUCUAUCAAACCUUGGAUGAUAAUCGCAUAACCCAAUUGGUUUACGAUGUCGAUUCGAAGCGGGAAACCUCAAGUCGCCUACACUUGGAAUUGCAACAGAAUAUCGAUCAAAUGGAAACUUUUAUACAACCCAACGAUGCUGAAACCCAUACCAUUUGCCUGAGUAACAAUCAAUGUUUAUAUGUUGAUCAGGAACGUAUUGCCACUGAUGUCACCUCAUUUUGUAUGGCUGGAAAUUAUUUAACCUUUACCAAGCUGACUUCAUUGCAUUUUCUGCGAUUGUCCGAUAUGCGUUUGGUUGAUGAACGCCGCUUGGAACGUGGUGCCAAGCUCGUGACAACUGUUCUUAAUUCUGCACGCACUGUCCUACAAAUGCCUCGUGGUAAUUUAGAAGCCAUUUGUCCCAGAGUUUUAUCAUUGGAAUUAGUUGGUGCUCUACUCGAUGUCCAAAAGUAUUGCCUGGCCUUUGAUGUGCUACGCAAACAGCGUAUUAAUCUCAAUAUUAUUUGUGAUCAUAAUUUGUGUACCUUUAUGGAGAAAAUCGAUAUAUUCCUCGAGGAAAUACAAAAUCCAAAUUGGUUAAAUUUAUUCCUCAGCGAUUUGCAGAAUGAGGACUUCACGAAAACCAUGUACGCCAGUAAUUACAAACAGGACUCUCAGCGUUAUCCGGAGGCCUUUAAAAUCGAAAACAAAGUGGAGUACAUUUGCAAAGCCCUUUGUGUACGCAUGGAACAAUCGAGUGAGAAACGUUUCCGUCUACCCAUUAUUACAGCCUAUGUGAAAUUGAAACAGAUUGAAAAAGCCCUUGAACUCAUCUGGGAGGAAAAGAAACGUGAAAAUACUCACAAUGAUUCGGCUGCUGCUGUCGGAGCUGAGGAAGCGCUCAAAUAUCUUCUCUAUUUGGUCGAUGUUAAUGAACUUUAUAAUGUUGCCUUGGGCACAUACGAUUUCGGUUUGGUUCUCUUUGUCGCCCAAAAAUCCCAAAAAGAUCCAAAAGAAUUUUUGGCAUUCCUCAAUGAGUUGAAGGGUUACGAAUUGAAUUAUCGUAAAUUUAAAAUUGAUGAACAUUUGAAACGUUUCGAAAAAGCUCUACAGCACAUUGCCAAUUGUGGUCGUGAGAAAUUCCCCGAAGCAUUGGAAUUUAUCAAACGUCAUGAAUAUUACGCGCGUUCAUUGCAGGCCUAUGAAAAUGAUCCGGAAUGUUAUAGGGAAAUUUGUUUGGCAUUUGCCGAUCAUUUGAGGGCAAAUGGUAAAUUGGAAAAUGCCAGUAUUCUGUAUGAAAGAGGUGGUAAUUUGCAGCAGGCUUUAUUGAGUGCUAAACAUACACUGGAUUGGCAAAGGGCUCUGCUGUUGGCCAGGCAGGGUGAUCAGGAUUUGGCACAAGUGGCAGUAUCUUUGGUGGUACCAUUGCAGGAACAUGGCCGCUAUGAUGAAGCCUAUCAUUUGUCCAAGACCUAUGGUCAAAAUCUCAAGGAAUCUUUACAGUUCCUUACCAAGGGAAAACUAUUUUUGAAGGCCAUAUUUGAGGCUCAAUUACAGCAAAGUCCAGAUGAUGAAGAUUUAUUAAAAUCAUUUGUCACCCCGGAAUUAUUGGCCUAUCAAAGUGUAUUACUCAAUUCCAUAACAGCCGAUGAGGAAUUAUUUACCCAGCACAAGGAACGUUUGGCACAGGUGCGUCUCAAUCGUCAAAAACAAGCACAAUUCGGUGGCGAUGAUGAUCAGGUUGAUAUUGAUGAAUGUGAUUUGCUGUCGGAUACUACAAGUUUGCGGUCAUCACGUUACACUGCCAGUUCCAGAGGCACAGGCAAAACUUUCCGCUCGAGCAAAAAUCGUCGCAAGCAUGAACGCAAAAUCUUAAGCUUGAAGCCAGGCAAUCCAUUCGAAGACAUAGCCUUAAUAGAUGCCCUCUAUAAUCAGAUAAUACGUUGUUAUGGUCAGCAGCAACAUGUUCACGAUACUUGCAAGGCAUUGUUACAAGUGAAAGAAGAUCAAGCGGCUUUCCAAUUGCAAACAAGUUAUAAACAUCUUUUGGCAGUGAUGCAAAAUUCCCUCGAUGACAUUUGGAUUGAAGAAAUGUUACAGAGUUGUGGUCAACAAUUUUUGCAAGGACCCAAUGUGGAUUAUACCCAGCUGAAGAAUGAACAACGUUAUGCUAUGCUAAGCCCUGUUAAGCGUUUUAAACCCCAGCUAAAUCUAACGGAUUGGGAACAUCAAAUAUUGCAGUAA